AUGGCAAAAACCGACGACUAUUGUCGCAAGUUCCAGAUCAUGCAAGAGGCAGUGAUGAAAAAAGGCCAUCCUCAGAGCGGCUUCUUUUGGGGAAACAGAAAGAGUCUUUGGGAGGAUCCCAAGAAAAUUAGCAAAACAGCAUAUGACAUGUUGCACGAUUGGUAUCCGAGGAAUUACUCGUCGAAUUUGAUGAAACUCGUUAUUCAGAGCCCGCACUCGCUGGACGAGCAACAAAAGUGGGUCGAAGAAAUAUUCUCUCUUGUUCCCUCCCGCAACUUGAAAAAAGCCCUGGACGAGCCAGACUGGUCUGUCGGAUCUGCAUAUAAAGGACAAAAUGUUUCCAAGCUUAUCAAAUACCACCCAGUUUCGGACUUCCACACCGUCGAUAUCAUGUGGAGUUUGCCCCCUCAAAAGGAGUUUUACAGAAUUUACCCUGAAAAAGGCUCGAUUCUUUCAUACUUGAAGCAGAAGGACUGGGCGCACGAGAUCUACGCUGGAAACUCUGGCCAAGCUUGCGAAGAGAACAAGUACCAUUCCGAACUGUCGAUCCAAUUCCGUUUGACAGAAGCCGGACUCGAAAACUGGGAGAAAGUUGUCGCCGCUGUCUUCAGUUAUCUGAAGAUGCUGGAAGCUCUUUCCGAAGACGAACGACUUCGGAUCUUUAAUGAGAUUAAGAAAAUUGAGGCGAUCAACUGGGCAACAAAAGAGGACAAGAAAGCGCAGCAGAAUUGCAUCGACGCAGCCGAGAGUAUGAUAAGCUUUGAGGACUCAGCCCGAUGGCUUGAUGGAGAUGACUUGAUUUUCGACUACGAUUCGGCGAUGCUCAAGAGCAUCGUUGAUCACAUGAAGGCAACUAACUGCACGGUGAUCCUUAGCUCGAAGAACUUUGAAAACACCGUUGAUACUGUCGAAGAAUGGAUGGGCGGGAAAUACUGCCUCGAAGACUUAUCAGAGGACACGAUCGAUUCGUGGAAGAACGCUCCAGUCAUGAACGAAGUCUUCUUCGUCCCCUCAAGCAACAAGUACCUGGCAGAAGACAUCAAGGUGAAGGAAGACGAGCCGAGCAUCGAGUGGGAACACGUGCGAAAAAUUGAAGAAGCGGAAAACGCCGAGCUCUGGUUCAAAGGCGAUGGUCAGUUCAAACUGCCGCGCGCGUUCAUCUCCUUCAUCAUCCGCUCGCACCUGCCCUACGAAAACGCGAAGAACAAGGCAAUGUACGAGUUCUUUCCGUUUAUUCUCAUCCGAACCAUGGCGGAAGUCGCCUAUGAUGCUGAAACAGCCUUGCUGCACUACAGCAUCGAUCCGGAUACAAGUGGACUCAACGUCAAAGUUAACGGACUUAGUGACAAACUAAGCUUGCUCCUUGAAGAGUGUUUGAAUCAAAUCAUCAACUUCGCUCCUUCGCAGAGCGAGUUCGACUCGUUAAAAGCCCAAUACAUUCAAAACUUCAAAAGCGUCAUCCAAAAGCCGGAUGAACUGACGAAAGAUUUGCGACUGUCGCUUAUGCAAAGCACGAAAUUCCCCCUGAUUGAAAGAAGAAAGGCCUUUGAAACAGUCACCAGAGAAGAGAUGAUUCAGUUUAUCAAAGAUUUAAGAAAGGAGUGUUUCCUGACGAUGCAUGUCCAAGGAAACUACUACGAGAGCGACGUCCGAAAACUCUUCAAAGAAGCCAUUAAUCAAUUCACAGGAAAGCCGCCGGUGUUAGAAUCCCAGAAAAGGAGAAAAAGUAAGAGACGAAAAAUUUCAGAAAGCAAGCCUCUUGCGCGGAGGUUCACGACGACGGUGAGGCUGCCGGAAAAGGCGACCGUUCUCAGGGUCAGAAACUGCAAUCCGAUCGACGUCAACACCAACUACAUUAUUUACUGGCAGAUUGGCCCGAUGGCAAUCAAGGACUAUGCACGAAACGAUUUGCUAGUGACGAUCAUGGAAGAACCUUGCUUCGACAUUUUGCGCACGAAAAAGUGCCUCGGCUACUCGGUUUAUCCGACGCUUCGGGACACUUUCGGCAUUGGCGGCAUCUCGAUCUCCAUCAGCUCGCAGCAGAACAAAUUCUCUGUGAAAGAAAUUCACGAGCAUUGUCUCGACUUUCUCAAACAGUUUGAGGAGAUUAUUGGCGGCAUGACAGAUGAAAAAUUUGAAGAGCAUCGGGCCGGGCUGAUCGAAGCCAAAAGAAGCGACGACACAAAGUUGAAGCAACUUUUCAACCGUUGGAAUUCGGAAAUCGCCUCCAGCGAAGCCCGAUUCGACAGGCUGGAGACAGAAAUCGGAUUCCUCGAGAAGUUCUCAAAGAACGAAAUCAUCGGCGCCUUCAAGAAGAAUAUUCUUGAGAACAAGCGCAUCUUACUCGUUGUGACCCAAGGAAACGAAGUCGACGAAAAAACGGAGACGAAAAAAGCGAAUAUUGAGAGCCUGGAACAUGUAGCGGCGGAAGACCUGUUCGAGGAGUACGAACAAGUUGAAAACAUCGACGAGGCACGGAAGCGAUUUGGCUUCUUCCCCGUUUCGCAUAUCAACAAAAAUGAACUAUAA